GUGUGUUGAUUUCGAACCAUCUAGAAAUAUGGUAACAUCUAAUUUCGACAAAAACUGCACCACUUGUCCUGAGAUAUACAAAUCAACUGACGUUUUCAAAAUUCCCGAAUGUUAUAUGGAUGAAAAACACGAAACAACACCGUCAAAACCAGCAGCUCGGCCUUACCCCAUCGCAACAACCACCAGCCCCACACAGCAAGGAAGCGAAAGUUGGCUUAGUUCCGUUGAUAUUCCCAUCAUCGUGAUAAUCACUCUCUUAUUCAUCAUACUAGUCGUUGUGAUAACUCUUCUAAUCAUUCAACUAUUAGGCUGUUGUAAAGCGUGUAAAGUUGCGAACAGGCGUGUAGAAAAUGCGGAUACUGAAUCCAUUGAAUUUACGGAACUACCAAGACACCGAUGAUCAAAAAACACCGUUUCCUAAAAAUACAACCCCUUUUUGACUUAUCUUUAUUAAGUUACUUUUGUUAAA